AUGGUGUCUUCGUUCAUCAAUCCAUCAUCUGGCAGUGGUGCGCGAGUUUCGGGUAUAUUUUUGAUUUCUGCAUGUAGGAUGGUAGCUUUUUAUACCAGAUAUUGGAAAGACUCUUUACCUCCCGUACCUCGCGAAAUGGCCCCGUCAUCCUUGGUCAUACUUUUUUUUGUUGGCUGGACUCACAUUUUACUCUAUGGUUUCAAUGCCGUUCUGUUCGUGGUGGGAAUGUACCUCCUUCGACAACGGAAACGUCGGGAAGGCACCAUGUUCCUAGUCGUAUCCUCCUCUUUACUGUUCGUCUUGGCGACUAUCUCUGCUAUAGUCUGCACAUUGGCGGUAGUCGGGGGAUACCUCAUAAUACCUUUGCCUGGUUCUAGUCCUAGUACUUCAAUCAAUCGCCAGGCAUGCAGUAUCAUUGAAUUCAUAAUUGUUGAUCUUAUCGACUGGAUUGCAUUCAUCAUAUUGGUCUAUCGUUGUUUCCAUAUCUGGGAUCGUCGUUAUCUCGUUGUUGUUGCCCCGGUGCUUCUUUUCCUGGGAGCAGUCGCUCGUCGGAUAUGGACCCUGAAAACAUGCCUACAGGACCUCGGGCACGAGGGAAUCGCAGGUAUUCUACCGCAGAAAUACAACUCAAUUAUCGCUAUAACGUUGGAAUCGGGAAUGAUCAUUCCAACGUUUCACAUCAUUUCCACUGUUUUCAAUGUCAUUAAUGCUAAGACUGGUGCCCACGACGAUGUUGUCGCUGUUUUGGGACCCUUGCUGCCUCAGAUUUAUGCCCUCGCCCCUCUGAUAAUCAUGAUUCGUGUUGCAUUGAGACUCACAGUGGAGCGUCACAACGUCGGAAAUCCAACUUCUCUAAGCUCAGUAUCCUUUGGAGCUCGAACUAGUCAAGGUUGCGUAUCGGUUCCGCAUGUGUUAAACGUUCAUCGAGACGUUCCGGUGUCAGUAUCUGUAACCUCGUCAUCGGACUUGGAAGAUCUGGAGCAAAACCCGGUUUUGAAAGGGCAAGCAAUAUAA